AUGAUCUUCAAGGCGCAUAUACUCACGUCCACCGCUCGCCAUACUGACUCGCACCUCACAGAAAAGACCGGCUUCCAUGGCGCUAUGUAUGCGGACCCCGAUCGGAAAGUGUUUCGUGCGCUCGGCAUGAAUGUCGAGACGUUGGAUAGGACCCCGGCAGGGCAGGAGCCCAAGAAGUAUCUCCCUCAGGGUAAUAUCAGGAGUUCUGACGUCGAGAUGCAGCAAGCCUUCAAAAAUCCAUCGUUGCUGGGAAAGCAAGGCAAGAUCUCUCAGCUGGGCGGCGAGUUCGUUCUGGGUCCAGGCAACGUGUGCACCUUCGCCUCGCGGAUGAAGCAUACGGAAGACCGUGCGUAUCAACCGGUCUGGGCUGUCCCUAUACUUGCUGAUACAGGCCAUUUGUAG